AUGGAAACGUAUCGGAUGCACGCCGGGGCGUGCAUGCAUCAUCCUGAUGUGAGUUCCCCGAAAAGUCAGGUUGUGAUUGAGCGAUUGCGCCGGCGGAUGGAAGUGUACGCGUCUCAUCAACGCCGUUCCCUGACCCACAACACAGUUGUGGAUCCGAUCGCGAUGGACCAAAGCCUGCACGAAACCAAACUCCUGCACCAAAGAUUCCUGGAAGCCAAGGCGAAAAAGGCGUCCAAGAAGGCGCCCGAAUCGACCAAGAAACCCGACAAGGAAGAAAAGAAGGACGAAGAAGAAAAGUGCGAAAUCAAGGCCGAGAAGAAAGAAGAACCUUCGCCGGUGUGCAAAAUUGAGCAGCCGAGUCCCGAGCCGAGUUUGGCCUUGACUCUGUGUGAGGUUAAAGAGGAGCCGAUGUCGAACCCGGGUUCAAUCGCUGAAGACAUUGGUAGUCUCGUCGGAGAUGAUGAGACUGAUCUGAACGACUUGGUGCUUGAUCUUCCGACGCUGGCCCAAGAUUGGGAUCUCGGUGAGCUCGGAAAGGACCUGGGCAACGACUUCGACCGACUCGUGACAGAGCUGAAAACCGAUCAAAGAACAGGUGGUAUAGUCACUGCGCAAAACUGCGAAGUUUCGGCGAGGGUGCCUCAUAAUUCAGGUGCUUAUGGAGUCAUCAGAGUUUCUGCGCCGAUGAUGAAUCCAAAUCCGCAUUACUUGAAGUGUCAAAGUUGGAUGCCACCUCAAGUAACGAAUAAUGUCCAGGGGAUGACUCAGCAACCCCAGCAAAUGGUCAUGUCGGACAACCACGUGGACGUUCCUGGGAAUCCAUACCGCCCGCAAAACUGCAUAAAUCCGAUGACUCAGCAGCAAAUGAAUAUUCAAGCGCAGCAGCAGCAUCAUAUACAACUCCAAGCAGCGCAAGGAGGGUACAGAAUGGAAACACAAGGUUCCAGCGCGGGUAUGGCACAAAUCGACACCACCGGAGUGCCGACCGAUCUCGACUUUUUCGACGCCAACUUUUCGUUCUCUGGUGAAGAUCAGGAUCUCUUCAAGUCUUUGGAUAGCAUUGUUUCCCAUGGGUGUCCUCCGGGUGAUGCUGAGUGGAUGCGAGCCUUGAUUGUGCUUUUAGUCACGCUGUCGGUCGUCGAGUGA